UUGAAGAACGCUAGGCAAUCACAAGCCGGAUCUCCAAUUUCCUGUUCAGAGGCCCGUUGGCUGGGCAAAGUCUAGGGAGCCUGGCCGAGCCACGCCUUCUAGUAGUCUGCGCUGACUGGGCAGCGAGGAGUGGGAAUAGCCAGUCAGGAGUCGGUCACGCGGGUGCUGAAGGGGCGGACCCAGCUGCUGCAGCUCGGGGUCCGUUUCCCGGGACUGUCCUCCGGCUGGGCCGCGAGAGUAACGAGGACCCAAUGGCGAGUGGAGCCAGUCAGCAAACACAGGCUCUGACCAAACCUGCUUUCACAGAGGCCCAGGCCUCUGCGUUGGUGGAAUCAGUGUUUGGGUUCAAAGUGUCAAAGAUCCAGCCACUUCCGAGCUAUGAUGACCAAAACUUUCACGUUCACAUCUCAAGAACUGAAGAUGCUGCGGAUGACCCCACUGAAUGCGUUCUCAAAAUAAGCAACACUGAGACCAGCAAAAACCCAGACCUUAUUGAAGUGCAGAACGGUGUCAUCACGUUUCUGAAGGCAGCUGGGUUUCCAACCGCGUCCCUGUGCCACACCAAAGAGGAUAACUUGACCUCUCUGGUGUCCAUAGAUACCGGCUCGGGAACCAGAAGCCACUUGCUGAGGCUGCUGACGUUCCUUCCGGGCUGCCCCGUAGCGCAGAUUCCCAUCAGCCCCCAGCUGUUAUAUGAAAUUGGAAGGCUGGCUGCCAAGUUGGAUAAGACACUGGAGACCUUCCAUCACCCGAAGUUAGGGAUCCUCCGUCGGGACGACUUUAUCUGGAAUCUGAAAAAUGUUCCACUUCUGGAGAAAUACUUGGAUGCCUUAGGCCAAAACCGAAACCGGGAGAUUGUUGAACAGGUCAUUCAGCUGUUCAAGAAGGAAGUGGUGACCAAGCUGAGCCAUUUUCGUGAAUGCAUCAAUCAUGGCGACCUUAAUGACUAUAACAUUCUAGUGCAGCCCAGCAAGUCAGCCUCUGAAGAUGCUGUGUACCAAGUGUCUGGAGUUUUAGACUUUGGCGACAUGAGCUACGGCUACUAUGUUUUUGAAGCAGCCAUCACCAUCAUGUACAUGAUGAUUGAGAGCAAGAACCCCAUACAAGUCGGAGGCCACGUCCUGGCAGGGUUCGAAAGUGUUGUCCCACUGACCGCCAUAGAGAGAAGUGCUUUGUUCCUGCUUGUGUGCAGUCGUUUCUGUCAGUCUCUUGUCAUGGCUGCCUACUCUUGCCAGCUGCACCCAGAGAACAGAGAGUAUCUCAUGAUCACUGCAAAAACUGGGUGGAAGUACUUACAGCAGAUGUUUGACAUGGGCCAGAAAGCGGUCGAGAAAGUCUGGUUUGAAACUGCCAGGUCCUAUGAAGCUGGGAGCUUCAUAUGACCAGGUGAAUAGGCACAUCCAGUCCAUGGAAGAAUGAUCCAGUCUUUUUUCUGGAGUUGAAAGAGCCACCUUUUAGUACCUUUGAACAUCAGAAAUCCAGAUUCUUGCCCUUUGGACUCCAGGACCUACACCAGUAGCCCCCAGCCUCUCAGGCCUUUGGCUUAAACCUAUUUACAUCAUCAGCUCGCCGGUUCUCAGGCCACUGGACUCAGCUUCCCUGGUUCUCCAGCUUGGAUGUGGACUUCUUCUUGGCUUCUGUAAUCACACCACAAAUCCACCUAUAAAUUCCCAUAAUAAACUCCCUGUUAUCAUCUG